AUGUUUUUUUUGCAGGAGUGUCAGAGGAAAUUAGAUCAUAAACUCUCCCUUGAUGCUUAUCUUUUAAAACCGGUCCAGAGGAUUACCAAAUAUCAGUUGCUUCUGAAGGAAAUGUUAAAAUGCAGCAAGAAUUCUGAAGGCACUGCUGAACUUGAAGAAGCUCUCGCAACCGUCCUUGAUAUCAUCAAGUCGGCGAACGAUUCCAUGCACCAAAUAGCCAUUACAGGCUAUGAGGGAGAUGUGGCCGAGUUGGGUAAAUUGCUCCUUCAGGGCUCUUUCAAUAUCUGGACCGAUCACAAGAAAGGACACAACAAAGUCAAAGAUUUGGCCAGGUUCAAGCCAAUGCAGAGGCACCUCUUCUUAUAUGCAAAAAGCCUCCUUUUUUGCAAGAAACGGGAAGAAAACACGGACGGUCACGAGAAGUCUCCUUCCUACAGCUUUAAAAAUUCCUUGAAGAUCCAGGGUCUAAAGAGAGAGACGUUCCCCGUCGCUUUUCCUUAGCUUCCUCCAUCAACACCACAACUAACACAUCUUCUCUAACCAAAGCAUGA